UAAAAUGGGUUGGCAGCGGAAAUUGAUGUUUAUGCAGCUGAUAUUGGUAUCGGUGUUCCUCUCGGUUCAGCCCACACACUCUGAAGACCCUAAGCUUCGUAUCUCCUUAACUGAGAAGGAUCUUUACAAAUUCGGAGAUAAAGCUUACGUAAGGGUAUACCAAGCAGUGGUUGGAGCAAUACCAGGCGCAUCUGAAACAAAAUUCCCUUCCAAAUUCCGAUUCAAAGAUAUUUGGCAGGAUAGACAGGGCAGAAUAAUCAUGCUCCCAGCAGGAACAAAAGACCCGGUGAACAGUAAACUAUGGAUAGGAAUUGGAGACCCGAGAAAUCAAUUAAAAUUCAUGAAAAGAUAUCUAAAGGAAGGUAAAAAUCCGUUGAUUAGGUCAUUUCUUGUGCCUUAUGAAACUGUCCGAAAAGUCCUCAACCCAAAACGUAUUUGCACCAAAGAUUCGCACCCAAACUCAGGAUUAUCAAUGAAUGUGGAUCAGAACGAUUAUGCCAACCAAUUCGGACUUAAUCGUUUAGAUGCAGAUGAACUGAGAAAAAAUGCAGUACCGGAAUCAUUGGUUACCUUUGCCACAAAGAUAGACGACACUGAACCUCAUUGGGGAAUCUUGCUUGAUAAAGAGGUUUUAAAGAACGACUUUAAUAAGAACAAACCCAUACAAUCUCAACUAGGGGAUGUCAAUCUUAAAAAUGCAAAGGACCUUAAGUUCAACGAGAUCCCAUCCAUCGAAAAAGAUUAUAUGUUUUCUGGAAGACCUUUCGACGACAGUUAUUUUGAAUCUAUUAUUCAGAAAGGAAAGACAUACAAGUUGGAAUUUGAGAAUUCAAGGACAUUUCUCAGUUGUGUUGAGGCUUAUUCUAGAAAACUGGUUUCUAUUCUUAAAGACGAUAAUAGUCGAUCCCUGAAUGCAAUACGCCGAUACCGAUCAGAGAGGGAUCUCUGGGGUGUUUUGAAAGAUGUGGAUCAGAACUUGGACUUGACAAAAAUAGAACUUGGAUUUUUCGGUGAAGGCAAUCUCGACGUUGAAACACGCUUGAGAGAGUUAACUAAUCGACUAACUAAUAAGAUUACUAGCGCCUUGACUAAAAGAGCAAUUUCUCAUACAAUGAACAAAUUUAGUCAAAGAAUGAUCAAUGAGAUGAAUGAUAUGAUUAAGCCCUCGUAUAAAUUAGAAGUUAUAUUUCAACUAGGAACCUCAGAUGCAGUCGACAAAGCUUCAAAGUAUCUGCAUCAAAGAUAUGCUAACGAAGGCAAAUUAGUACAACAUAUUAUUCUAGACGAAAAUGGAAAUAUUGAGGGUAAAAGGAAAGGAAAUGGAAACAUCAAUUUAGAUUAUUUUAGACUAAACGUAAUUGGACAUGGUGAAAUCAAAGAUUCAAGUUUUACUAUCGGAGGUAAACAUCCAAAUGAACUUGCAAACUAUGUUAAAGAUUUGGUGUCGCAAGAUUUGGGAGCACAGAGUGAGUCGUCGCAUAAUCUUAAGAAAGUGAGUUUAAUCGCAUGCAAUACAGCGCUUGACAAUGACAAGGCCAAAAUUGCAAGUACCUAUGGACUAAGGUUUUUGGAAGCUCUUGAAACGCACAAUACCGAAGUUACUGUUCGCACAGACGAAGUACAGAUAACUAUAGACGGCAACAAGGUAUAUGGACCGGGAACUGACCUUCGAAUUAGAAAAGAUCCCCCUGUAUUAGUGAGAAAAAACGUUGACGGAACAACAGAAUAUGGACUAAUCAAUCUUGAAACAAAGAAACCGACAUGGAGCACAAAUGAACCUAGCGACUUAAGCUAUAGAAAAAUGCUCUUAAAAAAAUCAUUUCAUCAAAAUGACAUAAAUGAAAUAGUCGAGAAAACAAAUCUCAGAAAGAAUUAUAUAUUUUAUAACGGGAAAGACACAAGUGGGAAUCUUAACUUGAGAGAUUUUGAUCAACCUGGAGUGCAAUCAGUACUUACAGAUAUAGAUUCUGCGGAAUGGGUUGAAAAGCUUACUUAUGCGACUGCCGAAGCAACUAAAGACAUGCCAGAUAGUAGUGACUGGAUACCACUUAUAGAUACUGCAUCUAAGCAGGAAAAUGGAAACACUAAGGUGACAAUCUUCAAUUCUGAUACACUUGAAACACGGUCUGUUGAAAUAAAGAAUGACGCAUUUGUCCAGUACAAGAAAAGGUCUUCAUCCCAUAAAAUGUCUCCUCGCUAUCCUCCGAAAAUAUCAAAAUGGUCAAUUGGAAUGGAUGGGACUGGGGGUCUGUUGGGAAUUGGUGGCUUUAUCAUGUCUGCUAUUGAGCUGUCAAAAUCAAAGAAAUGCGAAGAAAAUGUCACAUGUCCAACGAAUAAAAAGCUUGCAAAGUCUUUGGAAAUAAAUGCAUACGUCGGAAUUGCAUUUGGUGGAUUUGGUUCAAUCAGUGACAGUAUUCAACUAGCUGAACUAGCUGUAGGCUAUAAAUUAGGCAAACAAGCUGUGAAAGGAAUAACGACACUGACGAAAACCACAUCCAAAUUUUUACAGUUUUCGAAAGUAUUUGGAGCUGUAGGAAUGGGAGUAGGUGUAGCUGGAGGUAUUGUGGGUCUCGGGUUUAGUAGUUACGCAUUGGACCAUGCCGAGACAGAUGCACAAAGAAUCCAGUUUGGAGUUCAAGUUGGAAUUGAUUCAAUUUCUACUGCUGUAAGUGUGGUGGGGUUAGUGGCUACAUUUGCAGGAAGUAGCGCUAUCGCGUCCAGUAUUGCUGCUGCGGCGGGUCCUGUUGGUUUUGUAGUUGCGAUAGUCGGUAUUCUUACUAGUACGAUAACUGGACUUACCUUUGAAUUCAUCAACACGAGAGAUAACGCCCGUCAAGUCGGAAAGUAUUUUCAUACUUUAGAUAAUGUUUACGGCCGGAAUGGUUUUGAUUAUGACGCUUCGACGAAGGUGUUAAAAUUAUUAAAUGAUGCUAUCGUAGAGAGUGUUGAUUUUAGAUAUGGAAGAAUAAAACUUGAUAGCCAGUUUAUAUACAGAACUGAACAUGGACCUACUGGUAGUGGCAGGAUAAACUACUUUUUCUGGUAUGGCGAUUUUCCUGUCAUGAUCAAGAACAAAAACGAAGCAAUAAAUAUACGUAAUGGAAUAGGGCAUGUUAGAUCAGCUCCAUUGGGUGGCGCUGAAACGUCCGCUGAGACUCUUGUCUUACCUGCAAUACCAAAAAGUUAUAUAAGCUACAGCUACGGUCGAUUACCGUUUUGUACAACAAUGCAUGACGAAGGGUUCGACGUCGUUCGUCGUUUGGAGGACAACAGAUUUGAUUACGAUUUUUAUAUUUUUCCAGGCGAACAAAUUAUCAAUAGUAUCAAUCACGAGUAUGUUGACACAAUGCUUACCAUUAAUCUUGAUAAUAGUAAUGUUAAGACUAUCCUGGUACCCGAUAUUAAUUCAUACGAGUACCUUCACAAUAGAUACACAUUUAAGAUUAAAACCCUUGGCGUGAAGCACGACAUAAUUUUGUCUGAUUAUUAUUCGUUUAUCUUAGAACGGAUGUCGAACACACCUUGUAUUUGGUAUCUCCGAUUCACCGAUAUUGAUUUCCAUGAAGUUUCAAUUCAAAAUUCUAUAUUACGUAUAAAACACAUAUUGGUUGAAAUAACUCACCGUUCUGAUAUAAUUUAUCUAUCGGAUGGCAAUGGAAUUUUACAAAUAGAUCUUGAAAAAAACACCAAGACUUUAGUAUCUGUGUUCCACGAUGAAGAAACGAGCUUAAGAGAACUAAAAAGGUAUCUAGGAGAUAUGGAUGGCAGUUGGUUGAAGAAUCAAAAGUAUGUCGUUAUUUCCAACUUCACACAAAACGGAGCAUACGUAGGCAGAGUGUUCUAUGAUACCAAAUCGCGCAUCUUUUUGUACACGGACUUACACGGCGUUGGUGUUUCCAGCAAGUUUAAGGAUAAUGUGCAAUUGCUCGGUUCAUAUCAAGGGAAAUAUCAAAGAAAUGUGUAUUUCAUGAGCGAGGAAUAUGAUAACACUGUCGUUUGGCGAACAGAUAUAAAAACAAAACGGGUAGUUGCAUCGUAUGUAUUGUACUGUGGAAAUUAUAAUUUCAAGAUUUCAAAACUAUACCAGCAGCAGGAAACCAGCUAUCUUAUACAAAAUGUGUAUGAUGUCAGUCUCAUUUAUCUCAUUAAUGCACACGAUAUUAAACUUAUUGCCAUUGAUGGUAAAAUUGGGAACAUAGUGAAGCUUGCUGAUUCCUGCUUUCCUUCUCUGAAAGAUUACCUCCCCGGUACUGAACGCCAAGAAGCAAGUUUCCGAUUUCCCGGGAAGUGUUUACACGCAACAACUGUUCCGAUUCUUCCUGUUAAGCAAACACUUGGCAAUGGUAAAAGUAGACGUUUUUGGUUGUACAUGAAUGCGACUGAUCAGAACGAAGGUACAAAGGGGGACAUUUUCUGUAUUCCAAACAAACCACCUAUAGCCACCGGUGUCAUCACUCCUCAUAUUCCGAACGAA